AUGUUGGAUGAGUACAUAGAUGAUACUGAUCAAGAAAUGUAUAGUGUGGAUGAUGAAUCUCGGGAAUUAGAUGAAACUGAGUCAAUAACACCGAGUGUAAAUCCAAUAGGAAAUCAACCGCCUAAUGUCAGAAGAGGUAAUGUAGGAGAAAGAGAUAAUUCUGAAUUACUUAGAGUGAUAGCUAAUGCUCUCCAACGAGUAGUAGAAACUGCCACUGCAACAACAUCUGCUCCUACUACUCAUCAAGCACCAAUUAAAGAACUACAUAAGUAUAGUGCCAUUGAAUUUCAGGGUUUGAAAGGGGUUGAUCCCUCCACUGCUGAAAAUUGGAUAGAAUCAACAAAAAGGAUUUUGAAACAACUUGAAUGCACUCCACGGGAAAGGUUAAUGUGUGUUGUUUCUUUGUUACAAAAGGAAGCUUAUGUAUGGUGGGAAUCGGACUGUUCGAAGAAUAAAAAUGUUGUACCAGUUACAUCACAGAGAUCCGAAUCUGCUUCCAAAGGUCGAGAAUCAAGCCAAGGUGGAUCAGUUAUUAGAGGAGAAUUACUGGAAUUACCACCAGAUCAGGAGGUUGAAUUUGGAAUUGAAGUGUACCCUAUUACAGCUCCGAUAUCAAUACCUCCAUACUGCAUGUCACCUAAUGAGUUAAAAGAAUUGAAAGUGCAGUUGCAAGACUUAUUGGAUCUAGGAUUUAUUCGUCCGAGUACUUCACCUUGGGGAGCUCCAUUAAAGGUGAAAAAAAGUGAUGUACCAAAGACAGCAUUUCGUACAAGGUAUGACCAUUAUGAAUUCUUAGUUAUGCCUUUCGAAUUAACAAAUGCUCCGACUACUUUUAUGGAUCUCAUGAACCGUAUUUUUCAACCGUACCUAGAUCAGUUUGUAGUGGUUUUCAUUGAUGAUAUUCUAGUUUAUUCGAAGUCUGAAUCUGAACAUGAGCAGCAUCUCAGAAUUGUUUUGCAAAUAUUACGAGAGAAACAGUUAUACGAGAAGCUUAGCAAAUAUGGAAUUAGAGUUGAUCCGAAGAAGAUUGAAACCAUUGUUCAGUGGAAAGCACUGAGAAAUGUGUCUGAUGUACAUAGUUUUCUGGGUUUGGCUGGUUACUACCUAAGAUUUGUGAAUGGUUUUUCUAAGAUAGCUCUACCAAUGACAAAGUUGUUGCAAAAGAAUGUUCCGUUCGUUUGGGAUGAUCAGUGUCAAGAAAGUUUUGAGAAAUUGAAGCAAAUGUUGACUAAGGCACUAGUUUUAACAUUACCAGAGUCAGGAAAAGAUUUUAUCAUUUAUAGUGACGCUUCAUUGAACGGUUUUAGAUGUGUCUUGAUGCAAAAUGUAAAAGUGAUAGCUUAUGCUUCUCGCCAAUUGAAACCGCAUGAACCAAUUGAAGUACGAGCAAUGUUUGCACAACUCAGUAUCAGUGAUGAUGGAAGUCUAUUGGCUGAAUUGAGAGUUAAACCAGCGAUGUUUGAUCAGAUCUCGUCAGCACAACUAGAAGAUAGCAAGUUGAUGAAGAUAAGAGAAAUGGUUCAGAAUAGCAUGGCAGUGAAUUUCAGUAUUGAUGAUCAUAAUUGCUUGAGAUUUUGUAAUCGGAUUUGUAUUCCAGCUGUUUCAGAAUUGAAAGAGUUGAUACUUCGAGAAGCACAUGAUAGUCCUUUUGCAAUGCAUCCGGGAGGAACGAAAAUGUACUGUAAUCUACGGGAAUCUUACUAG